ACUAAAAAAGAUGUGAGGUGAACGAGGAGGUAAAUAAUGGUUGUUUUGACAAGCGUCGUAAACAGAAAAAUUAAUGUUUGUCAACAAGUUUAUAACUUACAAGCGGUGUUUCAUACAAUAACUUAAAUAAACUUAAUUCUGCAGGAAUCUCAAAAUUAGUUUUCAAGGAUAUUUAUCGCAGUUAUUAAGAGUGUACAAAUAUGUUGACCAUAAUCGAAACACCAACCAUCGGUGAACCAAAUCCGGAUGCAGCACCGCACUGCGCCUUCUGCCUGCGGGAACGUCCCCCGGUGGGCAAAUUUCACCUGUUCACCGUGACAAACUCGUCCAGCAUCCGCGCCAUAAUGUCCGGCAUAUUUGGGUUCGAGUUUGACGCCGCCGAUUUCACCGUUUGUACGCCGUGCUGGAGUUUGGUCCAGACGGUGGACGAUUUCCGGACCUGCUGUAUCCAGGUGAACGAGCUGGGAAGGGAAAUAAGCCGGGGGUUGAAGUACGAGGACGAAUGGUUCUCCGAGGGGAACAUGCGAGCAAUUUACAAUGUACGAGCGGCAAUCCAGAACCACCUGGAGCGGAUCGAAGAUUACCGGUAUGUCGAUGAAGAACAGGCCGAGGAGGUGGUUGAACAUAAUGAGACCAUUGAUGAAGCUCAAGCUGUGAGUAAAGAAGCAAGGCAGGAUCUGGUUCAAAAUUCCAAGGAAGUACCAGACGAACAGUCGUGCAACAUAAUCGAGUGCGAAAAGUGUCUCAACUGGUUCAUGACCACUGCUCAGAUCGAGUAUCACCUGGCACGUUGCCGUGGGCCGAAGAAACCGAUAGAGGAAGCACUUUACGUGCAUACUUGCCACCUCUGCCAGGAAAGGUUCAAUCGUCCAUACUUGCUAGAAUCACAUCUCAACUGGCACGAAGACAAAAAGCCAUACAAAUGCCGCAUCAAGUGCGACGAAAAAUUCUACGGCGUCGAACUAAGAUACAUACACGAAAGAUCAUGCCCGGGAGAUCCCCGGUGGAAUCGCGGCGUUCCUCAAACUGCAACAAAAGUGGUUCCAAGUAGCAAGAAACCUAAACCAAAACCGGCACCAGGGACAAAUAAGAAUAAAUUUGAGUGCGACAUAUGCGGCAAAUUGUUUUGCAAAGAGAGAAUCAUGAUGUCCCAUCGCAGAGAGAUUCACAAUCCGCCGAAAUACCGGUGCAAGCUUUGUGGUAGAGAGUUUAGGCGUAAAUUUUCGUUUAAUGUACAUCUGAAAAAUCAUGAACGGGGAAUUAUUCCGCCCACUUCAAAAACGGCAAGCAAUGUUCAAAAAAGUGUGUGAACUUAUUAACCAUCCUUUUUUUAGAAUGAAUGCAUAAAAUGCAUUUAGAAAUUUGCAACUGUCGAGGCCGUCUUGUCUAAUGCAGCACA